ACCGCCCAGCUCCAACAUUUUUGGUGUCCCCCCCAAAUCUUUGGGGUCACCGUGGGACCCCCGAGGACCUCGAGGGUUCCCCAAGGCUUUGGGGUCACCCUGGGACACCCCCCCCCAACAAGUUUAGGGGGUCCCCCAAAUCUGUAGGACCCCCGAGGAUCCUGAGGGUCCUCCAGUACCGUUGACCACCCAAGAAUUUCGGGCCCCCCAAAUCUUUAGGGUCCCCUUGCGACACCCAAAAGUUUUGGGGUGUCCCCAACGCAGAAGGACCUUGAGGUUCCUCCGACCCCAAAAGUUUUGGGGUCCUCCAACAUUGUAGACCCCCAGUAUUUUAGGGGUUCCCCCGAAUCUUUGGGGUCCCAUUGGGAAUCCCGAUAUUUUAGGGGUCCCCCAAGAGUUUUGGGGUGUCGCCAACGCUGAAGGACCUUGAGGUUCCUCUGUGGAUUCGCUGUGGGACCUUCAAGGCCCUUGAGGUCCCCCAAGAGCUCCGGGGUCCCCCAAAUCUUUAGGGACCCCCAAGAAUUUAGGGGUCCCCCGAACUUGUAGGGACCCUCUAAAAGUUUUGGGGUGUCCUCAACGCCGCAGGACCUUGAGGUUCUUCCAACGUUGUAGAACCAAAAGUUUGGGGUCCUCCAGCAUUGUAGACCCCCGAUAUUUUAGGGGUUCCCCAAAUCUUUAGGGUCCCAUUGGGACCCCCAAUAUUUCAGCGAUCCCUCAAGACUUUUGGGGUGUCCCCAACACUCAAGAACGUUGAGGUUCCUCCAACGUUCUAGACCCCCAACAUUUUAGGAGUCCUCCAAAUCUUUAAGAUCUCGUUGGGACCCCCGAUAUUUAAGGGUUCCCCAAAUCCUUAAGGUCCCAUUGGACCUCCAAAAUUUUGGGGUUCCCCAAAUCUUUAAGGUCCCAUUGGGACCCCUGAUAUUUUGGGGUUCCCCAAAUCUUUAAGGUCCCGUUGGGACCCCCAAUAUUUUCAGGGUUCCCCAAAUCUUUAGAGUCCCGUUGGGACCCCUGAUAUUUUCGGGGUUCCCCAAAUCUUUAAGGUCCCGUUGGGACCCCCAAUAUUUUGGGGUUCCCCAAAUCUUUAAGGUGCCGUUGGGACCCCCGAUAUUUCAGCGAUCCCUCAAGACUUUCGGCGUGUCCCCAACGCUGAAGAACCUCGACCUCCCUCCAUAGACCCCCCCCCCCGCCGCCCCCCGCCAGGCUCCCCCCGCCCCGCUGACCCCCCAGGACCCCCGGGGUGCCCCCCCACCCCCCAGGCUGCCCUCGGUGCCCUCUGCCCCGCCCGUGCCCCGUGCCGGGGGUGCCGCGGGCAUGGGCGAGCCGCUGGGCUGCUGCGAGCGCGUGGCCAUCAACGUGGCCGGCCGGCGCUUCGAGACCUUGGUGCGGACGCUGCGGCGCUUCCCCGACACCCUCCUGGGGGACCCCCGGCGCCGGCGCCGCUUCUUCGACCCCCAGCGCCGCGAGUACUUCUUCGACCGCCACCGCGGCGCCUUCGGGGCCGUGCUCUACUACUACCAGUCCGGGGGGCGGCUGCGGAGGCCGCCCGACGUGCCCCUGGACGUGUUCCUGGAGGAGCUGAGGUUCUACCAGCUGGGCGACGAGGCGGAGGAGCGGCUGCGCGAGGCCGAAGGCUUCUCGGUGGAGGAGCCGCCGGCGCUGCCGCGCGGGGGUUUGAGGCGGCGGGCGUGGCUGCUGUGCGAGCACCCCGAGAGCUCGCCCGCGGCGCGGGUGGUGGCCCUGCUGUCUGUGCUGGUCAUCCUGGUGUCCAUCGUGGUCUUCUGCCUCGAGACGCUGCCCCAGUUCCGCUCCGGCGCGGAGGAAGAGGUCAGUGGGCCCCCCUCGCCCACCCCCACCAACGCCACCGCCCCCACGCCCCCUCCCCACCGCUCCGGCCUGACCGACCCCUUCUUCCUGGUGGAAACCGUCUGCAUCUGCUGGUUCUCCCUGGAGCUGCUGGUGCGGCUGGUGGCCAGCCCCAGCAAGGCGGCCUUCUUCCGCAGCGCCAUGAACCUCAUCGACCUGGCGGCCAUCGCCCCUUACUUCAUCGCCCUGGGCACCGAGCUGGCGCGGCAGCGCGGCAUCGGCCAGCCCGCCAUGUCGCUGGCCGUGCUGCGCGUCAUCCGCCUGGUGCGCGUCUUCCGCGUCUUCAAACUGUCCCGCCACUCCACCGGCCUGCAGAUCCUGGGCCAGACGCUCAAGGCCAGCAUGAGGGAGCUGGGCCUGCUCAUCUUCUUCCUCCUCAUCGGCGUCGUGCUCUUCUCCAGCGCCGUCUACUUCGCCGAGGCCGAGGACGCGGCCACGGCCUUCACGUCCAUCCCCCAGGCCUUCUGGUGGGCGGUGGUCACCAUGACCACGGUGGGCUACGGGGACAUGGCGCCGGUGACGGUGGGGGGCAAGCUGGUGGGCUCGCUGUGCGCCAUCGCGGGCGUGCUGACCAUCUCGCUGCCCGUGCCCGUCAUCGUCUCCAACUUCUCCUACUUCUACCGGCGCGAGCUGCGCGGCGAGGAGAGCGGCGCCGUGGUGCCCGCCGCGCCCUGCCCCCACCACCCCGAGCCCCCCGGCGAGCCCGAGGCCAAGGCGGGCGGGGGGCGCGGGCAGGGCUGGGGCGUGGACGGCGAGGCCGGCGGCGAGAAGGGCUGGGCCGGGGGCAGGCUGGUCACCGAGGUGUGAGGGGACGGGGGGGGUGGGCCGCGGCGGGGGGGGGUGGGCUGGGGGGUGAUGGGGUGGACUGGGAUGGACUGGGAUGGACUGGGAGUGCACCCGGAUGGACUGGGAAUGCACUGGGAUGGACUGGGAUGGACUGGGAGUGCACCCGGAUGGACUGGGAUGGACUGGGAUGGGCUGGGAGUGCACCUGGAUGGACUGGGAGUGCACUGGGAUGGACUGGGAUGGAUUGGGAUGGACUGGGAGUGCACUGGGAUGGACUGGGAGUGCACCCGGAUAGACUGAGAGUGCAGUGGGAUGGAUUGGGAUGGACUGGGAAUGCACUGGGAUGGACUGGGAUGGACUGGGAGUGCACUGGGAUGGACUGGGAGUGCACCUGGAUGGACUGGGAUGGACUGGGAGUGCACUGGGAGUGCACCUGAAUGAACUGAGAGUGCAUUGGGACAGACUGGGGUGAACUGGGAGUGCACUGGGAUGAGCUGGGAUGGACUGGGAGCGCACCUGGAUGAACUGGAGUGCACUGGGAUGAACUGGAGUGCACUGGGAUGGACUGGGAGUGCACUGGGAGUGCACCUGGAUGGACUGGGAUGGACUGGGAGUGCACCCGGAUAGACUGAGAGUGCAGUGGGAUGGACUGGGAGUGCACUGGGAGUGCACCUGGAUGGACUGGGAUGGACUGGGAGUGCACUGGGAGUGCACCUGAAUGAACUGAGAGUGCAUUGGGACAGACUGGGGUGCACUGGGAGUGCACUGGGAUGAGCUGGGAUGGACUGGGAGCGCACCUGGAUGAACUGGAGUGCACCAGAAUGAACUGGAGUGCACUGGGAUGGACUGGGAAUGCACCUGGAUGGACUGGAGGGCACUGGAAUGAAAUGAGAGUGCACUGGGAUGAACUGGGAGUGCACCAGCAUGGACUGAGAGUGCACCAGCAUGAACUGGGCGGCACUGGGAUGAACUGGGGGUGCACUGGGAUGAACUGGGAGUGCACCAGGAUGAACUGGGAGUGCACUGGGAUGAACUGGGAGUGCACCAGGAUGAACUGGGCGGCACUGGGAUGAACUGGGAGUGCACCGGGAUGAACUGGGAGUGCACUGGGAUGAACUGGGAGUGCACCAGGAUGAACUGGGCGGCACUGGGAUGAACUGGGGCUGCACUGGGAUGAACUGGAACCCAUGAGGAUGAACUGGGAGUGCACCAGGAUGAACUGGGGAUGCACUGGGAUGAACUGGGCAGCACCGGGAUGAACUGGGCGGCACUGGGAUGAACUGGGGGUGCACUGGGAUGAACUGGGGCUGCACUGGGAUGAACUGGGCAGCACCGGGAUGAACUGGGAGUGCACCGGGAUGAACUGGGAGUGCACCGGGAUGAACUGGGAGUGCACCAGGAUGAACUGGGCAGCACCGGGAUGAACUGGGAGUGCACCGGGAUGAACUGGAGCUGCACUGGGAUGAACUGGAACAAGUGAGGAUGAACUGGGAGUGCACCGGGAUGAACUGGGAGUGCACUGGGAUGAACUGGGCGGCACUGGGAUGAACUGGGGCUGCACUGGGAUGAACUGGAACCCAUGAGGAUGAACUGGGAGUGCACCAGAACAAACUGGGGGGGGGCACUGGGACGAACUGGGGUGAACGAAGCCAAACUGGGGGGGGGGGGGGCACAAAACCUCCCAAGGGGACACCGAGGCCACGUCGGGACACACGGGGGACACCGAGGCCACCGAGGCCACCGAGGCCACCUGUGACCCCCCCCCACCAAACCCCCCCGGGGCCCCCCCGUGUCAUUUUGGGGGGGGGGGGACACGAGGCAAGCCCACCCCCCCCGGCAAUAAAGGUGACACUUGGUGGCA